GGUAUUGGACUGGUACUAGCUUGCAAUGGAGGCUCAUGCGAGCGAAUAUCAUUAAAAAGGGAUAAAUACUAUCUCGGAUCCUAGACAUUUAGCGGGGGCAGAGGUGGCGGCAAAAGGCGACUGAUUGAUGGAUGAUGAAAUGUUAUUUCCAUUUGAAUAGACUCCCUGUAUUAGCCUCAGUUGCAAGCCAGUUCCAGUUCAAUUCCGAGAAUACCAAUAUGGUCUGUUUGGAAUAUGUCGCUGCAACCCGUAGUCGAAUAUAUAUCCCUUGUUUUCAUUUGGUUGAAAAAAAAGGUACAGGACCAAACCGAGAGAAGUUUAGCUUAGGAAAACGUCUUAGAAAUUCGUGAACGCUUCUAGGGAACGUAAACACGAAGCGGACAGAUCAGCCUGAUCUUGGGAAUGGGCACCAGAUUUCAUGAAUGCUCUGGAUCCAGUCCACGACGGACCAGUAGCUUUGCUUAGGGAACGUGGCGCACCUGUGGUCCUACCACGCGUCACAGCUGGCUAAACAUGGCCGCGUAAAUAACAAGACAAGUAAUCGAUUCCGUACUCUUCAACGAACAAACUUUCUAACGCAUGGAAAUUGAGCUAGGUCUUAACAUGAAGCCGCGCCGUUCUCUUUCUCUGUUCGUCGUUCUCGCUUCACUGUUCAGCUGUUCUGUGUCGCAUUCUGAGCACAGCUUCGGGCAACAGACACAUAGCAAUCACGACGAUCACGUCGCCUUUCUCGGAGAGAAGCUGGCUAAAGAGUUUGAAAAACUUUCCCCUCAGGAGUCCAGGAGACGUCUCAGAAUGUUAGUGCCUCGUAUCGACAUCAAUAAGGAUGGCUUUGUAGAGGAGGCCGAGCUAGAGAUCUGGGUUCGACACAAGAUGCAGAAGUGGACUGUUGACGAGGACGUGGACGCCAUAUUUAGAGAUCUGGACAUGAAUAACAACGACAAGGUCACGUGGAAGGAGUAUAUGACAAGGACGUUUGGAUUCACCGAGGAGGAUAUGCACAGCAGAUGGGAAAGAUCCAAUCUGGAAAAGUACGUUGUUUACGAUAAGAAGAAGUGGAGAUACAGCGACCAAGACAAAGAUGGCAUGUUGAACCGCCAAGAAUACGAGUAUUUCCAUCAUCCCAAAGAACAUGAAAUCAUGCUGCCUUAUAUUGCCGUGGAAUUAAUGGAUAAAUACGACAAUGACCACGAUGGCCGCCUUUCUCUGGACGAGUAUUUAGCGUACAUAGAUAUGCCAACUUUUAAUUCCUUAUACAUAGCGGAUUUUAAUGAGAAGUAUGACGUAGACCACGAUGGCUACCUUAACCUAAAAGAAUUAGAAGAAUGGAGAAGACCACGAAACUUCAAUAAGGCCCUGGGUGAAGCUCAACAUUUAAUAGAAUAUGCUGAUAUGAACAAGGAUGGGAAAUUGACCGCUGACGAGUUCGUCAUGAGCCAUGAGAUUUUUGCCGGAAGUUACGUGACGCAGUUCGGUCAAUCCUUCCACGACGAAUUUUGAUGUUGUCUAAACCCCGAUCUACCAAGAAACUAUCAAACAGCCAACACGUUGAGAAAAGCCUCAGCUGUUGUCAGUCAAGAAAAAUCUAUACCCGUAAUUUGUGGUUUUCGUUUCCCAUGUAUUUGUUUCUUUUUUUUUAAAUAUUGUUAGCCCAAAGAGACAUUUAUUACGAAUGUAUGGAAAAUUAAAUACCCAGGUACACUCUGUCUUGACUAUAAAAUCUGUUUCAGUAGGUAUCUUAAGUCUGCAGUGUGUGAAUGUUAAAAACCAGAAGUUCUUUAGGAAUUAUAAUGUUCACAUAGUUCGCAUAGUUUUCAAAAUUUCGUGUCUAUCUUUACGGAAUCCGUCAGAAAUAUUAUUAAAAAGUUAUAGAAAGAUUUAUUUCAGAAACUGCCUUCUAGUAUUCACACAUGGUAUAUGUACUCUUCUUUAAAUGUAAAUACAAUAAUGCAUUUGUUUGUCGA